GCGACACUGUUGUUUGUUGACAAACGUCAAAUUUCUCGCGUUUUGUUGAUAUUUACCAUAAAAAACCGCAAUAUAAUCGAAAAUACCGAAUAAUUCUAGUGAGAUAAGCCCAAGUAACUUGUAGAACAACGUUUUAACAUGGUUUUAAGUCAAAAUAAACCCCCAAACAGAAGAAUUAAGUAAAACAAAAAAACAUAACCUCAAAAUUCUUAUAGGAUAUUAAAAUGGGGAUAGAUUUUGAUAUUUUGGAGCAUUGCAGGAAAGCAAGGGCGGAUCACGGGCCGCCCUACACCUGCCCUGUGGAAAAAUGUGGUAGGAACUAUAAAUCAGUAUGCGGUUUGCAAUAUCACUUAAAAAGUUACGAUCAUGACAACCCGACACCUCUACCACCAUCAACACCUAACACACCAAAAAAUAAAAAAGGGAGGUCAAGAAUAUCAACGGCCAAAAUACCGGCUACACCAAAUGUUCCUGAACCUCUAACUUUUGAUGAGGCACAGAAAAUGGUACAGUUUGAGGUAAAUAAUAUUCCACUAAGAUGGAAUAUUAAUGACUGCAUUGAAAUUGUACCUAGAGAAGAUUUUUCUGAUGAAGAUAAUCAUGAGGUCAAAGUUGAAGCACCAAGUGAACCCAUACCAUGUUUACCAACCGCUAGCUACAAAAUAAUGGAGGAUUACAAUAUAUGCGACGCGCCAGCCAGACCAAAUGCUUAUAUAAGGUUUAUAGAAAAAAGUACUGAAGAAUUAGAUGGGGAGGUCGAGUACGACUUGGACGAGGAAGACACAGCCUGGUUGUCGAUAAUGAACGAAAAACGGGAAUCUACCGGUCUGGCCUCCGUGUCCGUAGAUUCUUUGGAGUUGCUUAUGGACCGGCUGGAGAAAGAAUCGUACUUUCAAGCGAGCGUGAACGGACACACCGGCGCAGUCGUGGACGAUGACGCCGUGUGUUGCAUCUGCAUGGACGGCGAAUGCCAGAACACGAACGUCAUCUUGUUUUGCGACAUGUGCAACCUGGCCGUGCACCAGGAUUGCUACGGGGUGCCUUAUAUACCUGAGGGGCAGUGGUUAUGUAGGAGAUGUUUGCAAUCGCCCAGCAGGGCCGUAGAUUGCGUUCUGUGCCCCAAUCAAGGCGGCGCUUUCAAGCAAACCGACCGAAGUCAGUGGGCGCACGUGGUGUGCGCCCUCUGGAUACCGGAAGUGCGUUUCGCCAACACAGUCUUUCUAGAACCCAUAGACUCGAUAGAGACGAUACCGGCCGCCAGAUGGAAGCUCACGUGCUACGUGUGCAAGCAGAAAGGGGUGGGGGCGUGCAUACAGUGCCACAAGACCAACUGCUACUCGGCUUUCCACGUGACUUGCGCGCAGCAGGCCGGGCUGUACAUGAAGAUGGACACGGUCAAGGACGGCGGCGACACGCAGCCGGUGCUGGUGCAGAAGAUCGCCUACUGCGACGCGCACGCGCCCGCCGAAAGCAAAGGAGAGUCUAAAAAAGAGGAUCCGCGACAAAAAAUGCAGAAGGUCCGCAAAAUGUUGGCGAAAAAACGCACCUCCGCACCGGUGAUACUAAUACCGACCAUACCGCCGGAAAGAAUCCAGGAAAUCGGUUCCCUGGUGACCAUAACGAAAAAAUCCCAGUUCAUACAGAGACUCAUAGCCUACUGGACGCUGAAAAGGCAGUUCAGAAACGGGGUGCCUCUGCUAAGGAGGCUGCAGAGCGCGCAGGGAGGAACAAGGGAUUCGAACACUAGCAACGUGGAUACUUUGGAGCUGUGUAGACAGCUGAAGUACUGGCAGUGUCUAAGGCAAGACCUCGAAAGAGCAAGACUUUUGUGCGAACUGGUGCGCAAACGGGAAAAAAUGAAGCUGGAAUACACUAAAGUGUCCGAAAAGUGCAUGAAAAUCAAGCUGAAACCUUUGGAGGCCAGCCUCAAAAACGUUUUGGAUCUGGUCGCUUCCAAAGACUCCAACGAGAUAUUCAGCGAACCCGUGGAUUUGGAAGAGGUUCCGGACUACACCACUGUGGUGACAGACCCCAUGGACCUUAGCACCAUGUACAAAAAACUCGACCAGGGCCUUUACCCCGAUCUCCUUUCCAUCGAGAAAGAUUUCAACCUCAUGAUCGCCAACUGUCUGGCCUACAACAACAAAGAUACUGUUUUCUACAGGGCGGGAGUGAAGAUGAGAGAUCAAUGUGCCGUGGUUUUCAGACAGGCUAAAAGGGAUCUGCAGUCUGCGGGGUUGAUGGAGGUGGAGGUGGCAGAGGGGGGUAAGGGGAAGGUUGCCCCCGCCGAAGAUUGCAUCGCCGGGGAUAUCGAUAAGAAAUUGGAGCUUUUACAGGGCAAAACCGGUCCAGAUAUUAUCACUCAAUUAGAAGACCUGCUUUCCAAAAGCCACGCCUUAAAACACAGCCAAGCCAGAAUGAAAAGGGUGAAAUUAAUACGGAGCGAGUUAAACAAAGCUAAGAAGGCUUUGGCAACCACAGAAGAGUCCCAAUCAGACCGGGAGGUGGAAGUCGACCACAAAAUAGACUCCCCGAACCCAAACGCGUCACCUUCCGGUGUUAAUAGAAGAAACGCGGUUCUUUUUACGAGAAAAGCUCAGGCGGCUUUGAAAAAACCGGAAGUCGGUGGUGGGGAAGAGAAACAAGAAAAAACUACUUUUUCUUUUUCUCCGAUUAAAAGCAAGAAAAAAGGUAAAAAAAAUCGCGGCUCGUCUCAAUCGCCUUCGAAAACCGAGGAAGCGACCGCGAAAGAUCCGAACGUUCCCGACAGCUUCCGAGUGUACAGAGCCGGCAACGUCGCAUCGGCUGACGAGGAUAGCGACAGCGGCACCUCUCUGUCCACUUGUUACUCGCACGAAACGUCCGAAGUUGAAUCGGACGAGGAAGAAGAAGAAGAGGAAGGUGGCGAGGGGAGUAAUGCAUCGGAAAGCGACGAGGAGGCAACCAGAGGUGGGGAUGGAGGGGGGGAAAAGGUCGACCUGAAACCUUUGACCUUGGUUUGGGCCAAGUGCCGCGGGUACCCUUGGUACCCGGCUUUGAUUAUUGACCCGGAGAUGCCAAAAGGUUAUGUCCACCAAGGGGUCCCUAUGCCAUCCCCUCCAGCGGAAGUCAUGGCUUUGUCCUCCAAAUUUUCCGAACACGUGUAUUUAGUGUUAUUUUUUGACGUUAAAAGAACAUGGCAAUGGCUUCCAGCAGACAAGCUUGAAUUGCUUGGGUUAGAUACAGAAAAGGAUCUAUCAAAGGUAAACGAACCAAGAAAACCCACCGAUAGAAAGGCGGUUAAAAAGGCUUACGAAAACGCUUUACAAUAUCAAUCUCAAAUAAAUGAACCACCAGGCCCAGACGCUAUUGCCUGACAAUUCUCAUUUUUUUAAUUUAAUUUAACUUAUUUUAAUCAACUUUUUUAUAUACAAAAAUGUUUCCCCAUUCCAUAAUAUUAACCUUUUUAUUUAAUUGAAUUUUACAAAAGUUAUUGUCAUAUAUAAUAUAUGUAGUAAAGUAAUUUUAAGUUUUAACUUUAACAUCAUUUUGGAAUUGAUUGUAUUGCAUUGUAAUUGUUAAGAAUUUUAUUGUAACGUGCAUUGUUAAUAAUAA